AUGGAUUUUAUGGGACCAAUGCAAGUGGAGAGCAUUGCAGGCAAACACUAUGUCUUUGUUCUAGUGGAUGAUUACUCGCGAUACACUUGGGUGCGCUUCAUUCGUGACAAAUCUGACACCAUGGCGAGUUUCAAGAUUUGGGCACUACAGGUCAUCAAUGAGAAAGGAAGCAUCAAGCGCAUACGCAGUGAUCAUGGGGGAGAAUUUCAGAAUGAGGCUAUGAAGAACUUCUGCAAUGAACAAGGCAUAGCUCAUCAGUUUUCAGCGCCUAGAACACCACAUAUGAAUGGAGUUGUUGAUCGAAAGAACAGAACACUUCAGGAAAUGGCGAGAGAAAUGAUCCAUGGAGGAAACAUUCAUUUGCCGAAGAAAUAA